AUGUUCUUUUACAUGAGUAAGAGAAUAAAAAGCAUGACACCAAGUUCUUUGUCCCCGCAUUACGCGGCUCAAUCUCCUUCAGGACGUAAACCUGACUUGGUAGCGAAGGAGGUGCUGGAAUGGUGGCAAACCAACGGAAAGCACCCGUUCAUCCAGCCCCACAUCUCGUCACCGAGUAAUGUGGGUGCGAACUCGCCAGAGAACUUACCACUAGGUGAUAAGGUCCAGCUCAUUCGACUACCAGUAGCUUCACCGUCAGCCGUUAAAGAGUUCAGUCAGGUUUGCAGUGAAGAGCCAGCACAUCUCACCACAGAAUAUGACUCUUUCAAAGUGAAGCAAAGUAAAGCAAAGAAGCUGGUCUGUGCGCUUCUUGUACGAGAACGCAAGAAAAAGCUUUCUUCUUUUGCCCAUACACAAGUGGACGCAAAAGGUGUCCAACAGCCGCCAUAA